AUGUUAUCUAGAGCCAGGCUGAUUACUCGUUUCGUAACAACUCAAGCAGCCCCUCAAACUGAGUUAUCAGAAGCAACACGAAGAUAUUGGAACAGAGUUGGAGACUGGUACCUCAAAUAUAACUAUGAAAAUUCCACAAAGAUGUACGAAACCAUGGCAAGUUUCCUCAGAUUAGAAAAAGCCAAAAAAGUCCUAGACGCAGGAUGUGGCGCAGGUAACGGGGUUCCAGCUAUGAAAAAGUUCGCUGGCCCAAACACUAAAUUCACCUUAGUGGACAUUAGUGAUUACUUUGUUCAAAAAGCUAGAGAAUCAAACCCAGGGGUAGAAGUUCUCCAACAGGAUGCUGAAGCUUUGUCUUUUAAUGAUUCAUCGUUUGAUGUUUAUAUUUCCAAUGGACUCUUAGAAAUCGUUAAGAAGCCUGAUUGGGUUGUUAGUGAAGCUUAUAGAGUAUUGAAACCAGGCGGAGUUGCAUCAUUCUCUAUUUAUGGAAGAAUGGGUAUAUGCAACACUCUAAGAAUUUACAAAUCAAUUAGAAACAAGCUAGGAAUCAAACGUGGAACUGCAGAGCCUAAAUUUGAGCUUGCUGACCCAGAAAAAGUAAAAGCUUUGGUAAAAUCUGUAGGAUUCAAAAGAGUGGUUUAUUUCUACGAGCAGUAUCAUUUCAAUGUAAUUGAGCCAAAAGAUAUUUUCGGGAUGUAUCUAGAUAACCCAGUCCUAAGAGAAGGUGCAACUCAAGUCGGAAAAAGCCAUGAAUUCGAAAAUUUAGUCAAACAGGAGCUGGAAGAAAUCUUAUUUGAAAAAGAAGAGCCUCUUAUUUACGAAGCAUUAGUAGUAACAGCUUAUAAAGAAUAA